ACGGCUGCGGGUGGAAAGUGCAGGGAGACGGUGAGAGCAGCAGCUGAUCCCGGAGCAGCAGCAUCAGACAUGUAGAGACCAGAGGAGAAUGAGUCUCGGCUGUCCUCGUCGCCACCAUGUUCCCAGGAGUUUUCUAUGCACUGCUGGCGGGAUUCCUCGGCGCCGUGGCGUCGUCGUCGGCCAAACUGUCCCUGGGAGCCGACUACCUGAAGGGAGUCUGUGAAACCGGACUCCGGACGUGGGGAGAGCAGCGGAAAUUCAGACAGGCGGACGAAACUACCGCGUGUGACCGGCUCCAUAUUCCUCUGAGGCUGCUGUGUGGCGGGCUGCUCUUCACCUGCAACGCUGUGAUGUGGACCUUCCUCGCCAAAGCUCUCAGGUAUUCCUCGUCCUCCACCCAAACCACUGUGACCACCACUGCCUCCAACUUCAUAUCUUCCGCGUUCCUGGGCCAGCUGAUCUUUGGGGAAGCCCAGAUUGCAUUGUGGUGGGUCGGGAUCUCUCUGACCUUCUCUGGUCUGCUGGUACUUCAGAGGGUUUCACCGCAGGACGGACAACAGAAUGCUGUCGCCAAGAAGGACGAAUAAUAUGUGUGGUCUCCACUAGCCCACUGUGGUGUGUAUCAGCAAACAUCUCCUUUGAUUCCACAUAGAGACGAAGAAUCUUGAAAUCUGAGAAACAGCUACUGUAUUUAAUGCACUUUUGUUCCUUAACUCCAACACUAGUCAUUCAUAUUACAGUUAAAUAACAAAGAAAGUAAAACUAAUUAUUCCUGGUUUUACCUGUUUAACUAGUACAGUCGAAAUGCUCUAUUUGGAGUCAGUAUCUACCCCUCAGGUUGCAGUUUGUGGCCGUGCAGACUGUAAAACCCUGCUGGCUCAGCUGCAGCCUUGUUCUAAAAUCAGAGGAGAUGUUGGCCUCCAGCCAGCCCGGCCGUGGCACAGCUACAGUGGAUAGUGGAGACGGUCUGAAGGAUGCCUGGGUCCAGCCUCCCAGAAGCUCUAAACUCAUCUUUUGUCCACAAGCUUACAAAGAAGCAAAAACGAUACUAGCUUUAAGUUAUUUUUUGGAAACCAGUCAACAACAGCAACAGCACAAGUCAUGAGCUAACAGAAAAAAUGGGAAGGAAGCAAAAAGAUUUAGAAUAAUAGUUUGACAUUUCAUGAAAUAUUUGCUGUCUUAUUGAGAGUUUGAUGAGAAGAUUGAGACCACUGUCCAUGUCGGCUAGUUAGCCUAGCUUAGCAUAAAGACUAGAUAUGGGGGAGUCCACUCUGAUGCACCUAUAAAUCUUACUGGAUCUUGUUUGUUUAAUCUGUCCAAAAAAAACCUAAAAAAAAACUGUAAAACUGUGUGGUUUUCUGGGGGAUUGCAUGCGGGGUUUUUCACUAGCUGGUAGAAGUGUGGUUACAUUUAUCUGGAAAUCCUCUGAUUAAACCACAACUUGUUGUGUUUCUCUCUUUGGUGCAAUCUGAUUCCUCCAGUCUCCAGUCUUUAUGUUAGCUUAUAGCACUUUUCCACUAGCACCUAUUCGGCUCAACUCAGCUCGGUUUAGGUCGUUUUCCAUUACUAUUUAGCACCACCCCAUCGUGGAUGGAAUAACAAAACACUCACCGUCCUCAAACAUGGUCUUGACUAAUUUUGUAAAUUCAUUUACAAAAGAGUAUCUGCCUGCUCAAUCUAUUUCAAAGCUCAAAAACUGACAAUUUAAAAGAACCACAUACGUACUUGUCCUCCUGUUGCUCACCAGUCUGUAAAUGGUGUCCAUUUGGCUAAACCACUUCCAACUCCUCCGGUUUGACCCACUCUGGCUGUUGUGGUCCUUGAUGGUCACUUUGGAGCUUUUUCAGCUUCUCCCAACACUGCUGCAUUGUCCUGCUGUAUCCGUGGGCGGCCAUCCGCUCAGAGACCUCCUGAUAAACUUUCUCCGUCCAGCUCCCUCUGUAUUCUUUGGUCCGCCAACAAAGACAGAAAAGUCUCGACCUCUUCAUUCGUCCACGGUACAGGUCUGGUGUGUCGUCACUCCCUGUCCAGUCAGUGGCCUGCACUCUGUAGAUGUCACAUUAUCGACUCCACUCAGCUCGCUGGAACCCCGGCCGAGUCGGUACUAAAAUAGAACCUGGUACCGGGUGCUACGUCCAAAUGGAAAACCCAAGUAGAGUUGAGCUGAGUAGGUGCUGGUGGAAAAGCGCCAUAAAUUAGCUAGCGGCCUCACUAAUACUUCCAGUUUAUUGUGUGAACAUGACAUCAAUCUUUCCACCUAAUUUUCUGCAAAUAGGAAAGAGUCACUAAAUGUGGAACUGUUCCUUUAAAGGAGGAGCCAGAUUAUACAAUACAUAUAUAAUUUGGGAACGUGUGUGCAUAAUGACAGACUGAGCUGAAGUUAAUGUUUGAGUUUUGUGUGUGCAUGAUGCCACCAUCAGUCAGCCUGUGAGUUAUAUACUGUAUCCCCCAAAGCUCUCUUAAUGUCCACGUGUACUUAAACUACUACGACACUCACUGUAAACAUCCUACACUGGCAUUGCAUUUUAUGCAUGCUCAAGGCGAUGUUUUAACUCAAGCACUUAGCUAACCAAGUGCACUAACGUCUUCACUAGUAAUAAUCCUUCUAAUGUAGCGCUGAAAGGCUCGUCCCUGGUACCAAUGUGCUCUCUGCCUGGGUUUUAUUUUCGUUUGCCUUUCUCGAUAGCCUGAACCUUAACCUCACGACAUGAGCAUGACACACUCAAAGGCAGCUGAUCUUCCAUUCCAUGAUAAAUGUGUGCAUGUUCCCACCAAGGCCUGAACUCGGAUAAAUCGCACCAAAGCAUCCUGGGAGCGUCGGUCCACCUCAGAGUGACGGCCCCGUGAAGCGCUUCAUUAACCUCGUGACUUGGGCGUCCAUCGCUGUCUGUCCACCAUCAGAGACAUCACGCAGUCUCAUGAUCGCCCAUUGAGCUUUAUGUGCCCCGCAUUUGCGAUCUCAUAUUAUUCUGUUGCGCAUCAUGAAUAAUAAUCCAUUGCUCACCGUUCCUCGGGGCUUCGUUGAAAGCUUCUCUCAACAUCCCUGGAUCUGUCGGCGAGGUUGCAAUAACGUUAUAACACUGUGAUGCGUGGAACGGAGCGGGAGCUGUCAAGAAACGAGGACAGAACGUGUCCAUAUAUGCUUGUAGAAGGACGUUCCUGCUAGUAUAAAUCAGUAUACAGGUGUUUGCAGCAUGACAUCAAAGGCUGAUUUACUGAACGGUGUUUUACGAUCACACUUUGCUGUUGUUCGGAUACAUAUCAUAUUAUAAAUGCAUAAUGGUAGCUAUAAUACCUGUCUGUAAUAUCCCACAGCAGCAACGCACAAAUAUAUCAGAUGUCCUUCCAACUGUUGCUGUGCAGGUUUUGUAUCAUGUUAUUUACAUGCAUCCCUAUUAAUGUGACUGCAGUGACAAUGUGAUUAUGAUCUACUAUAGGCUCUCAUGUUAAAGGCCGGCUGAGUGAUGUUUCAUAGCAGGGCUGUACACGCAGCAGCAUAACACUUUAGUUAUUUGUGCCUCCACGUUUAAGCAUCCUGGGUGUGUUGUAUAAAGAACAUUUUUUGAGGAAAUUUAGCUUUACUUUUUUGUCAAGAGUUAGCUGAGAAAAAUAAUACCACUCUUCGACUCGUAGCUGGAGCUAGCUGCCGGUUAGCUUAGCUUUAAUGCUGGAAACAGCUAGCUUACCUCUGGCUAAAGGGGGCAAAAUCCAUCUGCCAACAUCUCUAAUGCUAUUUAACACAUUGUGUGUCAUUAUUUUAUGAAUUAACCUGUGCAAAAAUGUGUACAAAAAAACUAGCAUUAUACUUAUUUGUGGAUAUCAACAGCAGUAGCCAACUUAAGAGCUAACAGAAGAGACGUGACAGGUCUUAUGCUAAGCUAACUGGUUGUUGGUUGUAGCUUCACUACUAUACAGGCUUGAGUGGUGUUGUUUUAGCUCUUGGCAAAAAAGUGAAUGUUCCUCUAACCUACCUUUAAUCUUUGCUUUUGUUUCUGAACACUUUUCGGAGCCUGGCUUUUCUCCAGUUAACGGCAUGAUAAGAGGGGAAACCAUCGACCUGUGAACCCACUUUCACUGUAACAUAACCAGCCAGAGCUUCUGCAAUAGCCACAACUACAGCUCUGUGACGGCAGCAUGGCGUUGAGUGUGAUGUUCUUCUAUCUGUGCGCACAUAAACUGUAGACAGAGAGAUUAGAAAACUGCUAGAACAUCAUCUUGACCUGACCAGGUGCGUCGUCACAUCAAGUUAAUGUGCUGCAAAGAAACAACUAAAUUCAUCAGUUUUGAUUGUUAGAACAGUCUUUGUUCGGUGUUAAAGAGUUUGAAUAUUUAAUGAGGGGAGCUCAGCACUAAUGGAAAAUAGACUGAUUUUGCAUUAGUUUGUUGGACUCCUACUCUUAAAUGUUGCAGCGCAGUCAUCGCUUUAAUCUGAAGGCUGCUGAACGGACAAAUCUUCCCAUUAUGUUCAAUUUUUUUUUAACACAAAUCGAGACAGUUUGAUUAGACUCUCUGUGCUCCGAUAUAAAUAAUUCAUAAAUGGUCUUACAGAUUGUGCGAAACAAACAUUUGUAAAAGUGUAAAUAUGUUCUGUUAAUAGGAACCACUUGAAAAGAUGUGUAAAAUCGCCAUCUCCGAUGAGAGGAGAAACACUGUUAAAUUAUUAAAUAAACAUCUCAUCUGACAAACAAGA